AUGGCAGGCGGAGACUACCACCCAUACAAGGUCGACCCGGCCCUCGACCGAUGGCAGAACAUGCACUCGACCAUGUACCAGCGCUUCAAGUUCACACCGGCCAAGACCCGCGCCAUCCUCCUCUGGGGCGCCACGGUGCCGGUGUUGACCUACUACCUCGCGGCCUACUCUGAUGCUCGCUGGGACCUCCGAGGAAAGACCCGGGACGACUCGCUCCUCCGGAAGCCCCCGGCGGCUCCGGCCAAGGAGAAGUCGGACGAGUAA